AUGUCUAAGUCAUCAACACCAAAAUCUCAUGUUUUGAAUGCUAAAAGUGCUUCUGAAUCUCUUAAAUCUAUACUAAGAACAAACCCGUGGGAAGGAGCCGAUCAUUUCGAGAUAAUACCGGCUUCUGCGGUUGCAUCAUUGGUUAUUGAUAUUGUGAUUUGUGUUGAGCAAAUUUGUGAAGCUGUUGAUAAAUUAGCUUCGCUUGUGAAUUUUGUGCCAUGCGAGUUACUUCAUAGUGGAACCGUGCAACCGAUUUCUGAUAUCAAUGGUUCAGUACAUAUUGUUACCGUUAGCGAGUGA